CUCUGCAGGGAAGGAAGGAAGACCAUGGGGCGAUUCCUCUUUGCGAGCCUCGGCUUGCUGGUCGUGGCUUUCUCCCUCAGUGGAAUUGGAGCCAAUCGCUAUUGUCCCUUUGAUUGGUUCUCCUACAAUAUGUCUUGCUACAAGCUCUUCUACCCUCCGAUGUCCUGGGACCAAGCACAGAGGUUCUGUGUGGAACAGCAGGAAAACUCCCAACUCGCCUCCAUCAACGACGUGGCAGAGUCGGUGAAGUUGUCCAACUACAUCUCCCAAAGAUUGACAUUCCUUGAUGUUUGGAUGGGACUGAGGCUUUCGAAGAGAAAAGGCAUCUGGGAGUGGAGUGAUGGCUCCAACCUCACUCACACAUCCUGGAAAGAAGGUGAACCCAACAACCUUUUCAACAAGGAAUUCUGUGCUGUCCUGUCAGCCGGAACACGGUAUCUCCAAUGGAACGAUAAGAAGUGCACACACCUGCAUCCAUUUGUCUGCAAGUUCCAGCCCCGGAGUGAGGCAGGCGGCUAAUGGAGGUUGGAGAAGCAGCGAGGCCUGCCUGCCUGAUCGCUGAAAUCUCUGCUCCGCACCCCUUUUGCGGAACAGAUGCUUUGUGUAGCUUGGACCUGAUUUUGCUCAUUCCUGUGGGCCGGAAGUUUGAAUAAAUUCUCUCUAGCAUAA